AUGGAGGACGGUCUGCUGGAGAUCAUGACCAAGGACGGCGGCGACAUGCCGGCCCCUCUGGAGGUGUCCACCGUGCCGGCCGUGGGGGACGUGAUCUCCGGAGAGUACAACGGCGGCAUGAAGGAACUGAUGGAGCACCUGAAGGCCCAGCUGCAGGCCCUGUUUGAGGACGUGAGGGCCAUGCGGGGGGCCCUGGACGAGCAGGCCUCGCACAUCCAGGUGCUCUCGGACGACGUGUGCGCCAACCAGCGGGCCAUCGUCUCCAUGUGUCGGAUUAUGACCACGGCGCCCCGCCAGGGCGGCUUGGGCGUGGUCGGCGGCAAGGGGAGCUUCCCGGGCGCCCCCCAAGAGCCGGAGACCCCUUCGCCUAGGAUCGGGGACAGCGGCUUGCCGGGUCGCGAUCCUGAGGACGAGGAGGACGACGACGAAGAGAAGGAGAUGCCCAGCCCCGCCACACCCACCAGUCACUGUGAGCGCCCUAAGAGUCCCUGUGCUGGUCUCCUUGGCGGGGACGGGCCACUUGUGGAGCCCCUCGACCUGCCCGACAUUACCUUGCUGCAUCUGGACGGCGAGGCCUCCCUGUGA